GUGGCUGAAGCGUGUUCAUCAUGGCGCUCCCCCGAGCAUUUUCACAGCCGGGCAAAGUAUUUUUUUGAUAUUCCGAAAAUAUGUAUUUAAUUUGAAAAGGUUCCUUGUAAACCGGCCAAGUUUUUAAUAUCGAAUUUUCUCCCAUUAACUCUGUACAGGAUAGUGAGCUGUACCAAACUAAAGGCAUCGUAAACAUACUGAAAAUGCUUCCAUUGUCGCACAAGGAUUCCAGGGGUCUUGGAAGCAGGAUCAAGGAACAAAUUUUGGGUUGGAAGCGUCUUAUUUUCUCUGACAAAAAUUCAAGAAACUUAUUUCUCUUCCUACUGCUCAAUCUGUCAUUUGCAUUUGUUGAACUGACAUAUGGAAUAUGGACAAACAGCCUGGGCCUAAUUUCUGACAGCUUUCAUAUGUUCUUCGAUUGCACUGGUUUACUUGCCGGAUUAGCAGCAUCGGUAAUUACAAAAUGGAGAGCAAAUGAUAGAUACUCAUAUGGAUACGUGAGAGCAGAGGUCAUCGCUGGAUUUGUAAACGGAUUAUUUCUACUCUUCAUUGCCUUUUUCAUCAUGGCAGAAGCAGUGGAAAGGGCUAUCGAACCCCCAGAAGUGAAGCAUGAAAGACUCUUUGUGGUGUCAGUGUUAGGACUCUUAGUGAAUUUAGUAGGAAUAUACGCGUUUCAACAUGGCCAUGGACACAGCCAUGGAGGAGGAGGAGGAGGACAUGGUCACUCUCAUUCUCACGGUGAUCACAAUCAUUCUCACAAUCACAGUCAUGGUCACGGUCAUGAUCAUCAUGAUAUUGACAUUGACUCAUCAUCCAUCGGUGGAAAUUCUCAAAUAAUGAAAGGUGUCUUCUUGCAUAUACUAGCGGACACCCUCGGUUCCGUGGGCGUUAUAAUAUCGGCAGUAUUAAUGCAAAUGUUCGGCUGGAUGAGAGCUGAUCCCAUCUGUUCCAUGUUUAUUGCAUUAUUGAUCGGUUUGAGCGUUAUAUCUCUGAUCAAAGAAUCGACAUUGAUUCUCAUGCAGAGACAACCUGCGGCGCUAGAUCACGUUUUGCCUCAGUGCUAUAACAAAGUGACACAACUAGCGGGCGUUUAUAGUGUUCAGGAACCCCACUUCUGGACCUUGUGUUCGGACAUUUACGUAGGUUGUAUGAAAUUGGAAGUAGCCAGGACGGUAGACCCCAAAUACGUUGUCGCUCAUACGCAAAUGAUUUUCCAAGCUGCAGGCGUGAGACAGCUUACCGUUCAAUUAGACUAUGCGCCAAUGUGAUCCAUGAAAAAUUCAAAACAUACAAGCUGUUCGAAUACAUUCGCGGUACCGCAUUCCAUUUGCGGUGCAUGCGAUAAAGAGGCGAGAAAUAACGCCCUGAUGCAAAAUAUAUUCACCCUGUUAAAACUAUGCGGAUGUGUGGUUUUGAAUGGUGGUGGUUACAGGCUCGGUUUACAAAUUGUUUAAAAUUUUGUACAAACAAAUUGUCACAAAGUGCGUAGCACGACUCGCGUAUCACAGUAUAAAAAAAAGUUACAUAAGAUGCGUGACAAAUUACUUAAGCUGUUGUGAAUACGCUACUAUUUAAUUAUAUUUCUAAUACAUCAGGCUUCAAUGUUUCUCGUUUCUUUAUGUAUUGGGAUUCAAUACAAUUAUGUUAGAUAAGAGAGUGUCAACUUGUCGCGAUGAUUAAUAUAUAAAGAACGAACAAAUCCCUAUAAAUUGUAUGCCGCGCUGUAAUACUCUAAAUACUAGAAAAUUUUAACUAUCUAGUAUUUGGUUGAACAGUUGAUAAGAAUUGAUAAAAUUGAACGAGUAUCGAAUUUAUCAAUGUUAACCCUGACGCCUAAAGAAAUAGAAAAAAUUAUUGCUAAAUUAAUAAUUACAGCGAUUUGCUGCAGCAGGGUACGAACAGCAUGUUUAAUGGAACGAUAUCCUUGCAUCACAAGAAAAAGAAAAAGAAAAAAAAUACGAGUCUGUAACGUUUCUAAAAAAAAAUAGCCGUCUUGUUGAAUAUUUUUACGUUUUUAAGAAUUUAUACUUCUAAGAGAUACGAUUUUACUCGAUAUCUGUACUCCAUAUAUGCUGAGUCCGCAUUUGUUUCCCAGUUGUUAUUAGUUUAAACCUCCUGCCAAAUUUUGUUUUAAAUUUAUUUAUUCAUCUACAAUCCCGCAAGUUUACACGACUCAGCACGUAUGGAUUCUACGUUAUUUCAUAAUAAAAUUAAUUCCAUUCAUUGGUCGAUCACUCAUUCAUUGUACAAUACUAUAGGCCAGUUACGAUUAAAAAAAUGAUUCUUAAAAACUGUUAAGGUAUUUAAGCCAAAAUUUAGACAUGAGACUUCUCUUACAAUUAGUCUCUUGAUACACUUGUAUCAGAACAAGCAGAUUAGAAUAAUUAUUUACACGCGGCCGUAACUUUCAAGUAACACAGUACACAACCAAUAGUUCUGUACAAUAACAAACAAUCGAAUAGUUACAAGUAUCUUGAGCAUUUAAUUAAUUUUACAUCAAAGUCAGCAUUAGCGUUCCUUGUAGCUCACGUGCUUUUAUAUUAUGCGAGUGAGCAUCACCGCCAUCUUGUUAUUACUUCUGUAACGUCGCACGUGAGACUAUUCAAAUAUUUUAACGAGGAACGUCAAUGGCGGGAUAUUUGAAAAGAACUGACCGACUCUGUUUCUCUAUGACUUGAAAACAUUGGAAUACUUACAUUCCAUUAUAUUAACGGGUGAGAUUUAUUUCAUUAUUUUACGUGGUGUUGUACGCCGAAUCCUAAAUAGCGUUCUAUUUAUUGUCACGAUAUCUGUAGAAAAUGUCCAACUAAAAUGAUACAAUUACCCAAUCUACGUAGGAGUGAGUGAGUCGCGCUACGCCUGCGUGUAAACUGCAUGAAUACAGUAUAAAAUACCCCAUCGAACACAGCUGUCAAUUGACAAAAGUGGUGACAAGUUUAUUAAUUAAACAGUAAAUGGAACAGUAAAUGGUGCAUUUUCCGACGAAGUUAUAUGUUUUAGGAGAAUUCUUACUAUAUUUGAUGUAAUAUGUAUAUGGAAAUGAGAAUGCUCGAAAGUGGUAUGGACAAAUGUGUGUACAUAAUAAAGAGAUGAACUUAUAAUUAA